AUGAAUUAAUUCGUAGAGAGCCAAAAUAUUUUGAAUGAAUAACAGAUAUUACAGAGUGAAUAAAACAAAGAAGUUAUUAAAUAAAAACCUCUCAUAAAACCAUAAUCACCCUCUGAUAAGGAAAAUAGAUAAGAUCAAUAUUGUAUGUAAAAGUAAUAGUUGACAUAAAAAUCUGGAUAAGAUACUUCAAGACUAUUGAAAAAUGUAAUAUUGAUCUAUAAUUAAUAGGAAAAUGUAGAGAUAAAGAAUUUAAUAAAUGUGAAUAAAUAAUUAGUGAAUUUUGGUCUCGUUUUACCUGGAAACAUAUGUGAAGAUGAUAUUUAAUUCCAAAACAUCUCAAAUGAAACAAUUAUUAUCGAAAUUUCAGUUGUUUGCAAUAACACAGAAUUCGAUGAUUUAGAUGAAUAUGUCUACUCUGCUAGAAAGCUUAAUGGAUAUGAUUAUAAAGAUCGUUUUAUGCUUGCUUGUCCAGGAUAAAAACAAUUCUCUAUGAAAGUAGCAUUGAAAGUGCCAAAUAUAAGGGAUUAAAAAGGAUUAUUCGGAUCAAUAAUUAUAACAGCUCUAAAUUAAAAUCAAUAAAAGAUCUAAGGCUAAAUUAACACUAUUAUACAAAGUUAGGUACUACUACCAUUAAUUUAAUGUUCUAAGCGAUUGAUAAAUAGUAAUUUAAUAAAUUUAUUAAUAGAUCUAUAUAACCUACCAAUAAUAUAAAUGGCCUUUAAAUUAGGUAAGAAAUUGGAUUGUAAGAUUUAAUUUAGAAAUAACAGUAUAAUUGGCUUGCCAUUGGAAUUGGAAAUUCUAGAUAAAAAUAAUUGUGAAAUAAUUGUUAAUCCUUAAGCUAUAUCAGUUCAAAGUAAUUCUUAAUUUUUAGUUACAAUGUAUGUAAAAAAUAAAUAAGUAUAAUAAAUAAAAAAUGUGCUCAUAAUUAAAAUAAAGAAUUCAAAUAUUCACUUUAGUUACCCAUUCAUUAUUUAAGUUUAUUGA